CUAAAUAACAAAAUCGUGAUGAAGAAAAUGGUUUUAUCACAAAAUUAAAAUUAAACAAUGAUUUCUCUUUCUCUCUCUCCUCUCUCCAUCUUUUAAUGGCGAAAUGAUGCCACCAAAGCAUAAAGCUUCCAUUACAAACCUCUUCUUCGAUUAGCUUCUCUCUCUGCAGAUAAUUCUAGGGUUUGGAAAUUCACUGCUUUUUUUAUUGGAGUCCAGAGCUUUUAAAUUUUUAUGGUGGUAUUUAUAGCUCAUUAAUAGAUAGCUGCUUUUAUGGAUUCUGGCUGCUGGUUGGACGGUUGACGCAGUUCUACAAGCUGUCUGAUUCAAUUUUUUGCAGCGUUCCCAAUGUACUGGAAGCUUGAUGUGGAAGGAUGGAUGUUAUUUAGGACACUAAAUUUAUAGCAUCCGAAAAUUCGCACCUCACCCGAGUUUUGGCAACAAAAGAGGAGUCGAAGUAGAUGGAAGCAGUUAGGCGUUGGUGUUCUAAGCUCCAUUCUAAGGAGAAGCAUAAGACUUCGAGCAAGAAGACAGAGCCUAGGCCUAAUGGAAAAGAAGGUAUGAAGGCACAUUUGAAUGAGGAAACACCUUCAAAUGCAACUAAACAGAAGGCAGCUGCAGCCAAGCAGUAUAUUGAAAAGCAUUACAAGGAACAAAUGAAGAGCUUGCAGGAAAGGAGAGAGCGACGUGAUAUGCUUGAGAAAAAACUAGCUGAUGCUGAUGUCUCCGCAGAAGAGCAAAACAACAUUUUGAAGUACUUAGAGAAGAAGGAAACAGAAUAUAUGCGCCUUCAGAGGCAUAAAAUGGGUGCUGAUGAUUUUGAGCCAUUAACCAUGAUUGGAAAGGGUGCAUUUGGGGAGGUUAGAAUCUGCAGGGAGAAGAAAACUGGCCAUGUUUACGCCAUGAAAAAGCUUAAGAAGUCCGAGAUGCUUCGUAGGGGCCAGGUUGAGCAUGUAAAAGCAGAACGGAAUUUACUGGCAGAAGUUGACAGCAACUGCAUUGUCAAACUCUAUUGCUCUUUCCAAGAUGAAGAGUAUCUGUAUCUAAUAAUGGAAUACCUUCCUGGUGGAGAUAUGAUGACUCUACUGAUGCGUAAAGAUACAUUAACGGAAGAUGAAGCCAGAUUCUAUGUAGGAGAAACAGUUCUUGCAAUUGAAUCUAUCCACAAACACAAUUAUAUUCAUAGGGAUAUCAAGCCUGAUAACUUGCUUCUUGAUAAAUAUGGACACAUGAAGCUGUCUGAUUUUGGAUUGUGCAAGCCACUGGAUUGCAGUAAUAUUCAAGAAAAGGAUUUUACUGUAGGCAAAAACUAUAGUGGAGCUCUUCAAAGUGAUGGGCGCCCUGCAGCACCCAAGCGCACUCAACAGGAGCAACUGCAACACUGGCAGCGGAACAGGAGGAUGCUUGCCUAUUCAACCGUUGGUACACCUGAUUACAUUGCUCCAGAAGUUCUGCUGAAAAAAGGAUAUGCAAUGGAGUGUGAUUGGUGGUCUUUGGGGGCAAUCAUGUAUGAGAUGCUUGUCGGGUAUCCACCAUUUUAUUCUGAUGAGCCCAUGUCUACCUGUAGGAAGAUAGUUAACUGGAGAACGCAUUUGAAAUUUCCAGAAGAGGCAAAACUGUCGCCAGAAGCUAAAGAUCUUAUCUGUAAACUCUUGUGUAAUGUAGAGCAAAGGCUUGGUACAAGAGGUGCUGAUGAAAUCAAGGCUCACCCGUGGUUCAUAGGCACUGAGUGGGAUAAAUUAUAUCAAAUGACUGCUGCAUUCAUUCCUGAAGUUAAUGGUGAACUGGAUACCCAAAACUUUGAAAAGUUUGAAGAGGCUGACAGUCAAGUCCCUUCAGCAGCAAAAUCAGGCCCCUGGAGGAAGAUGCUUUCUUCUAAGGACGUGAACUUCAUGGGAUACACCUACAAGAACUUUGAAAUCGUGAAUGAUCAUGAAGUCCCAGGAAUGGUUGAACUGAAGAAGAAGAACACUAAGCCUAAGAGACCUACUGUGAAGUCCCUUUUCAGCGAGGAGUCAGACUCAGAAUCCACUCAGUCUUCAUCAAAUGGAAGUUUCCUAAACCUGAUACCUCCUAAAUCAGAUACCUCAAAACAACGCGAUUUUUAGAGCUCGAUAGCUACCAGAGUGAAGGAGUGGUGUAAAGCAUUUUCUGCAUAGCUUCAUUUGGGUUGUCUUCCUUCUUCAUGCGCUUGAACAACUGUAAGUGGCCAUGAUGAUGGCAGUUUUCCAGCUAUAUUUAAUUGAUUCUGCAACAGCUUGUGUAAAUCAUACCCUCAUUGUACAUAUUUCUCCUCACUGCUUCUCACAAAGGAUGAUGUAAUUCUUUUUGAAUUUUCAAGCUGUAGAAACUAAUUCAUUGUUCAUAGGAUCAAUGUGAACAAACUACAAUUUUGAAAAAAAAAAUGAAGCUUUGUUUGCUGCUU